GAGAGUGGCGCUGACGUUGUUUUUGCGCGCGGUUAAUAAUAGUGGCCAUGCGGUUUUCGGUGGGCUCUGUUUUUCGCGCUAUGUCGGCGACUGUCCAGGCCCGGCCUCGAGGGCUGGUGUACGAGAAACAUGGGGAGCCCGCUCAGGUCCUACAGUUAAAAGACAUCAGUUUGAGUGAGCUGGGAGCUUCUGGUGUCCACGUAAGAAUGCUUGCAGCCCCUAUCAAUCCAUCAGACAUCAAUAUGAUUCAAGGGUUGUAUGCUGUUCUCCCAGACUUACCUGCAGUUGGGGGGAAUGAAGGAGUUGGGCGAGUGGAGAAAACUGGCAUUGGCGUGACCUCGCUAAAGCCUGGUGACUUGGUGAUCCCGGCAGAUGCAGGACUUGGGACUUGGCAAACAGAGGCAGUGUUCAAGGAGGAAAAGCUUUUGAAAAUGCCCCCAGAUAUCCCACUGGUAUCCGCAGCCACCUUGAGUGUCAACCCCUGCACUGCUUUUCGGAUGCUGUCUGAUUUUGAGACCUUGAAGCCAGGAGAUUCUGUCAUCCAAAAUGCAGCCAAUAGCGGAGUGGGACAGGCUGUCAUCCAGAUUGCUGCAGCCAAGGGUAUCAAAACAAUAAAUGUGGUCAGAGAUAGACCCAACCUCCAGGAGCUUGUAGACAGAUUGAAAUCCCUUGGAGCUGAUCAUGUCAUCACAGAAGAGGCGUUAAGGAAGCCAGAAGCAAAAGAUUUGUUUCAGAAAAUCCCAAAGCCCCUCUUGGCGCUAAAUGGAGUGGGAGGGAAAAGCGCCACCGAGCUGCUGCGCCAUCUGCAGCAUAAAGGCACUAUGGUUACCUACGGCGGGAUGUCAAAACAGCCUGUCACAAUCCCCGUGAGUGCCUUGAUUUUUAAGGAUGUAAAGCUCCGUGGGUUUUGGAUGACUCAGUGGAAAAGAGACAAUGCCCAGAACAAGGAGGAGCUGGACAGGAUGAUCGCCGACUUGUGCACCCUCAUCCGGAAGGGCCAGCUCUCUGCUCCAGCCUGCCAAGAGGUCCCGCUGGCAGAUUACCAAUCAGCUUUGACGGCAGCCAUGACACCGUAUAUAUCAGCAAAGCAGAUCCUCCUCCUGUGAAGCUGACUAAGUCGUCUGUGGUAGGUUCGGGUGGAAGUUCUCUCCCAGCUGGCUCCGACUGCCUCUGAAGACCGCAAGGGUUUGGAUUUCUGCCGUUCCUGCUACGUCUCACAGCUGGAGGGCUUAAAAGAGCAAAUGGCCCUAAUUGCAGGCUGCGAAUGUAUAACCAAGAUUGCAACAACCGCUAAGGUACUGGAGGCAAAGGCUCUGUGUUUGCGCAAGUAGGGAACGGUCAUUGGUUUCAUGGCAGAACAGAAAUCUGAAAAACCUGCCUUCUGUUUUGGACCGGGUAUCAGGACAGCUGGAUGGGGAUAACCAUACACAAAUAUGGCUGUGUGUACAGAAUCAGAGCACAACGUUCCAAAUAUUUUUAUGAGCCUGUCCUAUAGGGCUGUGUAUAGUGUCUCUCACACGUCACCAGUUCUCUAACUCAGAGCACAUUCUUUCCCCUUGCAGCAAACUAUUGUCCAGCAUAGCCCAGUUGACCCAAGUUCAAGAGCCUGUUUCUGCUUUUGGGGGCUUGGGUAUUCUGAAAUGCAGCAUGCAAGCAUUCUCCCUCUUCGAACAGCUUUUUAAAUUUCUAGAUGAUAAAAUCAGCAGCGGUGGCUUACAAAAGCUCCUUCUCUUUGCCCGUUCAGCUCAGGGCAGUUUUCUACAAUAAAAGGAUGCACACUAUGAAAAA